AUGUGGCAGAGUAUUCGAUGUUCACAGAGGGCGCCAAGACGCUUCUUGCGUUGUCUUGCGACGGCCAGUUCACAAUCACCAAGAGCCCCCCUCAGCAGAUUGGAGCCCGACAAGUUUAUUGACUACUUCCAAUUGACGCGCAGGAUAGAGAAAAGCCGUGAAAUUCAACGGCGUCCUCUGACGUACGCGGAGAAGAUUCUCUACGCGUACACAGAUGAGUUAGAUGUGGUAGAAAGGGGCAAGACGCAGCUCAAGCUACGGCCUCAAAGAAUUGCUUGCCAAGAUGCCACAGCGCAGAUGGCCAUUAUUCAGUUCAUGUCAGCAGGCCUACAAACCACCGCGGUUCCGACAACUGUCCACUGCGACCAUCUAAUUGUAGGCAGAGAUGGACAAGACAAAGAUUUACCAAACGCACUAAAUACUCACGGCGAGGUGUACAACUUCAUGUCUAGUGCCUCAAGUCGCUUCGGAAUGGGCUUUUGGAAGCCUGGUGCUGGUAUUAUUCACCAGAUUGUCCUGGAAAAUUAUGCAUUCCCCGGCGGUAUAAUGGUGGGCACAGACUCGCAUACGCCAAACGCAGGAGGAAUGGGCAUGAUCGCUAUUGGCGUUGGCGGUGCAGAUGCUGUUGAUGUGAUGGCCGGUCUUCCGUUUGAGUUGACGGCGCCUCGCAUCAUCGGUGUUCGGUUAACAGGGCAGUUGUCCGGAUGGGCAACUCCAAAAGAUGUUAUCAACAAGUUGGCUGAGCUUCUCACCGUCAAGGGUGGGACUGGCUCGAUCAUUGAGUUUUUUGGGCCUGGAUCAGAAACUUUGUCGGCCACAGGCCAGGCAACUAUUUGCAAUAUGGGUGCCGAAACUGGAGCAACUACAUCCAUCUUCCCUUAUUCAGAAGCAAUGACCCGUUACCUCCGAGCAACGGAUCGCCACGAGAUUGCCCAAGCACUCGGGUUCGCCUCUCAUGAGCUGCGCGCUGACCCGGGAGCCGAGUACGAUCGUGUCAUUGAAAUUGACCUUUCCUCUUUGGAGCCUCGAAUCAACGGACCAUUCACGCCUGAUCUUAGUAAUCCUCUCUCAAAGUUCCCAGAUGCCAUCGAAAAGGGUUCUUGGCCCCAGGAGCUUACAGCCGGACUGAUCGGUUCUUGUACCAACUCCUCGUUCGAAGAUAUGACCAGGGCCGCUUCGCUCGCCAAGCAGGCUUUAGAUGCAGGUCUGAAACCCAAGAUGCCGCUGCUUGUGUCUCCUGGAAGCGAAAAAACGCGGGAGACUCUUGAUCAGGAUGGGACGUUGCAGGUUUUCAAGGAUGUUGAGUCCACUCUACUCACAAAUGCCUGCGGACCCUGCUGCGGCUCUUGGGACAGACAAGACAUGAAAAAGGGAACACCAAAUUCCAUUAUCACUUCAUACAAUCGCAAUUUCACUGGUCGGCUGGACAGUAAUCCAGCCACUCAUAUAUUCCUAGCCUCGCCGGAAAUUGUCAUGGCCAAGAUCUUUUCCAGAGACCUUGCGUUCGAUCCCACCAAAGAUUCCCUUCUCACCCCCGAGGGCACAGAAUUCAGAUUCCAGCCUCCCACGGGAGCAGACCUACCCUCUAAAGGAUAUGCAGCCGCAGACCAGGUUUAUACUGCCCCUCCAUCAACAGAGCAAGACCGCAGUGGUGUCGAGGUACAAAUUGAGGAAAGCUCCGAGAGACUACAACGACUUUCUCCAUUCUCCCCGUGGUCUGGUAACGACUUCAACAACUGCGUCAUUCUCAUCAAAGCGAAGGGAAAGUGCACAACGGAUCACAUCACACCGGCCGGCCCGUGGUUCCGCUACCGUGGCCACCUUGACAACAUCUCUAAUAACACUCUAAUUGGUGCCGUCAAUGCGGAAACAGACAAGGUCAACACCGUGACGAACUGGCUUACAGGAGAAGAUGGGGAUGUGCCUGGAACCGCGCGCAAAUACCGCGCUGCAUCGCAGCCAUGGGUUGUCAUAGGUGAUUACAACUACGGAGAAGGCUCGUCACGAGAGCACGCAGCGCUGCAGCCGCGCCAUCUCGGCUGUGUGGCGAUUAUUGCCAAGAGCUUCGCGCGUAUCCACGAGACUAAUCUGAAGAAGCAGGGCGUUUUGGCGCUCACGUUUACAAAAGAAGAGGACUACGAUCGCUUGGUAUCAUCAGAUCGUCUGAGUAUUGCAGGCUUGAGUGAACUAGAACCUGGUAAGCCCGUUGUGAUUGCUGUCGAUCCGACUGAUGGCAGAGAGGGAUGGAAGACGGAAGUGACGCAUACCAUGACACCUGAGCAGAUUCUAUACUUUAGAUCUGGAAGCGCUCUUAACCUCAUGGCAAGCCGGAAGAACGGUAAUGAAACGCAUAUCUAG